CAGAUGUCUCUCUCUCUCAAAAAAUUAACUCACACAACAUGUCUUAGUCAAGCUUUUACUACGCCCUUUUCCCAAAAAAGAAAUUUGCAGUCUUUCUUCUUCUUCUUCUUCCUUGUUCUUUCUUGAUUCUCUUACCUAUUCUUUGAACACAGCAAAAGCCACUUCAAUUUCAACAAUGUUUCUUCAAAUCUUUGUUACUCUUUUGUUCCCAACUUUGAUUUUCUCACUUAACCAAGAGGGUCUGUAUUUACACAACGUGAAGCUCGGAUUUGAUGACCCUGAUAGUGUUCUUUCCAACUGGAAUGAGCACGACGAGACACCGUGUAACUGGUUUGGCAUAACCUGUGAUCAAACAACUCGGUCCGUUACAUCCUUGGACCUCGCCAAUGCUAACGUUGCUGGUCCUUUUCCUUCACUUCUCUGUCGGUUGAAGAAACUGCGUUACAUUUCGUUAUACAACAACGCUGUUAACUCCACCCUUCCUGAAGAUUUUUCCGGGUGUGAAUCUUUGGAGCAUCUCGAUUUGGCUCAGAACUUUUUGGUCGGUACACUUCCGGCGAGUUUACCUGAGCUUCCGAAUUUGAAAUACCUUGACUUGGGGGGAAACAACUUUACCGGCGACAUUCCGUCAAGUUUCGGUUCUUUCCGGCAGCUGGAGGUUCUUGGACUGGUUGGGAACUUGCUGGACGGGACUAUUCCAGCGUUUCUGGGUAACAUUUCGACGUUAAAGCAGCUGAAUCUGUCGUACAACCCGUUUUCGACGGGUCAGAUCCCGCCGGAGCUGGGAAAUCUGACAAAUCUCGAGGUUUUGUGGCUCUCGGACUGUAAUUUGGUCGGUGAAGUUCCUGAUACAUUGGGUCGGUUGAAGAAGAUUGUGGAUUUGGACCUUGCUGUGAACUACUUGGAUGGGCCGAUCCCGAGUUGGCUCACUGAGUUAACUAGUGCUGAACAAAUUGAGCUGUAUAACAACUCGUUCACCGGCGAGUUACCGGCGAAUGGGUGGUCGAAAAUGACGGCGUUAAGGCGACUCGACGUGUCGAUGAAUCGGGUCACGGGUACGGUUCCGAGGGAGUUGUGUGAGUUGCCACUUGAGUCGCUGAAUCUGUAUGAGAACCAAAUGUUUGGUGAAUUGCCACAAGGCAUUGCGAACUCGCCGAAUUUGUACGAGUUGCGGCUUUUUCACAACCGUUUUAAUGGUAGUUUGCCUAAAGAUCUUGGGAAGAAUUCACCUUUGUUGUGGAUUGAUGUGUCUGAGAAUAAAUUUUCUGGUGAAAUUCCGGAGAAUUUGUGUGGGAAAGGGUUUUUGGAAGAGCUUUUGAUGAUAGAUAACGUACUUACUGGUGAAAUUCCGGCGAGUUUGAGUGAAUGCAGGAGCUUAUUGCGGGUGAGAUUGGCUCACAAUCAAUUAUCUGGUGAUGUUCCGGCGGGUUUCUGGGGCCUACCACACCUUUCCCUGCUUGAGCUCGUGGACAAUUCACUAUCUGGUGAUAUCGCAAAAACUAUAGCUAGUGCUUCAAAUUUAUCAGCUUUGAUUUUGUCCAAGAACAAAUUUUCAGGUCCCAUUCCAGAGGAGAUUGGUUCUCUGGAAAAUAUUCUUGAUUUUGUGGGCAACGAUAACCAGUUUUCUGGGGCUUUGCCAGCUAGUUUAGUGAUGCUGGGACAAUUGGGAAGGCUGGAUCUUCACAACAAUGAGUUAAAUGGUGAGCUUCCAAGUGGGAUUCAUUCUUUGAAGAGGUUGAAUGAAUUGAACUUGGCAAACAAUUAUCUUUCGGGAGCUAUCCCCAAGGAAAUUGGGGGCUUGUCUGUUUUGAAUUAUCUUGAUCUAUCAGGGAACCAGUUUACAGGGAAGAUCCCAAUGGAGUUGCAGAAUUUGAAGCUUAAUCAGCUGAACUUGUCGAACAAUGACCUUUCGGGUGAUAUUCCCCCUUUGUAUGCAAAGGAAAUGUAUAGGAGUAGCUUUUUGGGGAAUGCUGGUUUAUGUGGAGACAUCGAGGGCUUGUGUGAAGGAACAGCUGAAGGUAAAACUGCUGGUUAUGUUUGGUUAUUGAGGUUACUCUUUACUCUUGCUGGAUUGGUGUUUGUAGUUGGGGUGGUUUGGUUCUAUUGGAAGUAUAAGAAUUUUAAGAAAGCUAAAAUGGCUAUUGAUAAGUCUAAAUGGACUUUGAUGUCGUUUCAUAAGUUGGGUUUCAAUGAGUAUGAAAUCUUGGAUGCUCUUGAUGAGGACAACUUAAUUGGAAGUGGCGCUUCCGGGAAGGUUUACAAGGUUGUUCUGAGCAAGGGUGACACUGUUGCGGUGAAGAAGAUUUUGAGAAACACGAAAAUAACAGAUGAGAGUAGUGAUAUCGAGAAGGGUAGCAUUCAAGAUGAUGGAUUUGAAGCGGAGGUUGAGACAUUGGGGAAGAUACGGCACAAGAACAUUGUUAAGCUAUGGUGUUGUUGUACAACAAGGGAUUGCAAACUUCUGGUUUACGAGUACAUGCCUAAUGGAAGCUUGGGUGAUUUGCUACACAGCAGCAAAAGCGGCCUUCUAGACUGGCCUAUGAGAUAUAAGAUAGCCAUGGAUGCUGCUGAGGGACUCUCUUACUUGCAUCAUGACUGUGCUCCGCCGAUUGUUCACAGAGAUGUUAAGUCAAACAACAUCUUGUUGGAUGGUGAUUUUGGAGCUCGAGUUGCUGAUUUUGGUGUAGCGAAGGCGGUCGAUGCCAAUGCCAAGGGAAUCAAGUCCAUGUCUGUCAUUGCAGGGUCUUGUGGUUACAUUGCUCCAGAAUAUGCAUAUACACUGCGGGUGAACGAGAAGAGCGAUAUAUACAGCUUCGGUGUGGUAAUCCUAGAGCUUGUGACUGGGAAGCGCCCUGUGGAUCCCGAAUUCGGGGAAAAGGAUUUGGUGAAGUGGGUAUGCUCUACACUGGACCAGAAGGGUGUAGAUCAUGUAAUUGACCCUAAACAUGAUUCUUGUUUCAAGGAGGAGAUAUGCAAGGUCUUAAAUAUUGGCCUCCUCUGCACUAGCCCUCUCCCAAUCAACCGACCCUCGAUGAGACGGGUCGUAAAAAUGUUGCAAGAAGUGGGUGCUGGGAACCUGCCCAAGGCUGCUUCUAAGGAUGGCAAAUUGACUCCUUAUUACUAUGAAGAAGCAUCAGAUCAAGGAAGUGUAGCUUAAAGAUGGCUCAACAAAUUUUGUCACAAAGGAUGAACUUGAAAUUGGUACUCAUUUAACAUCUUUGUUCAUCUGCUAACUACUCAAUUCUUUGUCCACAAGUAUACACUAGAUGUUUGCUGUUGUUUUGGGUUGAGGGGCAGAAAGAAUUGAAGUUAAAUGUAAAAGGGAGGCAAAAGAAUAUUAGGAAGGGCAAAAAAAAAAAAAAAAAAAAAAAAAAAGAGUUGGAAGACGCUUGUUUCUCAAUUUAAAUUUCAUCCAACCACCCAAAUUAUUGCAGUAAUUACUAGCCAAGUUUGAAUAUCUGGCAUUAAAGGAUCUUAAAUGUGCUACCUAUACUCUGUUCUCUUGA